AUGGAGAAGCAUGGAGUUGAGCUCAACACUCUCAAGGACUGUCUCCAGUUCUUGAUGUGGUUGCAUGAUGGGGAAGGAAAAAAGAUGCAAAGCCGGGUGAUUAAUGAACUGGUGACGCGUUAUGGGAUUUCUAAUAAUCAUAUUUCGUUUACGGGCCAACUGCCACGUGCUGUCUCCGAAUUCCUCGAACACGUGUCCACAUUUUAUAAGAAAUUAGUAGCUACACCAAUUAAGGAAAGUUAUAUCGAUCCAAAAGCGAAAGAUGUCACCGAAGCCCUCCUCGACUGCAUUCCCAAGUUCCUCGCCGCUUUGUAUUUUUUGCUCUACAAUGUGGAUAGAUGGUUCGAAGCAGUGGGAGGAGGGAAGUGGAGGUAUAAUUAUCCUGGGUGGGAGUCGACUUGGGUGAGAUAUCUGUGGCAUAAAGAGUGGGGAGGGUGGCUGCAGAAUUAUCUCAGGGCGACACUGAGCGUUAACUACGGUGGCCUCAUACUUGGUGGGUUCGGUCCCGGAGAGGUGACGUAUGGUUAUGAAUAUGGUUCUCGCUAUGCUUACCGGUACGGUGAGAGCAUGGUAGAUGACCUCAGAAAGAUUUUGGACAAACAUAAUGAUAAGUACAACGAUUUCCGUGACGUGUUCGUCACAUCGGUGAUUUCUAAAGCCGGCACUCAUAAAGUGAACACUGCUAACGUUCUUGCAUUGGUGAAAACGUUUUGCGAAAUCGUAAUUUCUGUAAAGAGCCCUGAUGGUGUGCUAAAAACUGCAGUGCAGAAAAAAAAUACAUGUCUAGAUUGGGAAGAAUUAAAACAGCAUUGCAAAACUCUUGAGCAGCAACUUGGCAAGUUGUUCAAUAUCGAAGGCUUUUCCUUCACCGGCCAGGCGCGGACUGUCUACCAGCUUAACACUGAGAGAUUUGCGGGGGAGACAGCGGAAUGGUUUAGAAAUAAUUUGCACGAAGUUCAACAUAAUGUGAAACAAAUAGAUACAAAAUUCCCAGUCGACAACACUCGACAUUUGUAUUAUCUUCAGCCAUUUGCAACAGAAAACAUAUUCCCCUACGGUUUUAUAUUUGGUAAAGACAGAUAUGGAACGCUGGGAGACGCGUGGAAGACGUUGUCGGAUCAUUGGGACAGUGUCAUAGAUAUGCUUGGCAAAGAUCGCGACGGCUUGGAUAAGUUAAAAAGAAUUCUAGAUGGUGAGCCGUGCCGUCCGUCGGCUCCGCCUCCAAAACCGCGACCUAGGCCGGCGCCUGCGCCCAGGCCCCCGAGGCCUGCCAGACCUGCGACACCACCUCGGCCUCCCGGGACUCCGGGUGUAAGGACAACCGGUACAAGAGGCGGUGGAGGUUCGUUGUCUAGUGGGAAUUAUGGUUCUGGUGCUAGACGAGUGGGAGGGCAUAACCGUAGAAGCAUGAUCCAAGUUAGAGGAAGGGGGCAAAACAGGGGAGCGGGACCGGGGGCUCAGAGAGGCAGAGGACAAGGUCCGGGGCCUCGAGGUGCUCCAGGUGCUAAUGGCGCACGGGCAAGCAGAAGUCCAGGGUCUUCGGUGUCUAUUAAGCCCCAACCCUUACAAUCUCAAGAUGAUCUCCAGUCUCAUCCUCAGCAACCUCUACCUGCUGCCUCCAGUGCCCAUAGAGACCCUAGUCCACCGGCUGCAACACUUCUGACUCCAGACCGCCUGGUGUCUCAGGCCUCUGUUCAUGAUCAUUCAAGCGCGUCCAGCUCCAGCUCUUCGUCAUCUAGUGUCACUGUUACCGGUGGUCAGGAACGGAGUCCACAGGCGGCCGCUUCUGGACAUAUUCAACAGAGUAGUCAAGACUCAUCUCCCAAUCAAGACUCCAAUCCACACAUACCCGGUCAGCAUUCUGCUCCAGGUGGCGGUGGAGCCAAUGGAGCGAUAGGGGUGCCAAGCGCUGGUGGAAGUUUGGCUGUGGAUUCAAAGGACAGUAUUACCACAUCCUCAAAACCUGUUGCCCCUCCAAGCAAUGACCUUUCUCAGGCUCAAAGCGCUCUAGGAGAUGUACAGUCUGCUAGGCAUAAUAGCGAUCCAGGCAGUCCACGGCCUUCUUUGACACAGGAUAGGUCAAGCCGCGAUGGAGCCCCGGGACCCAUGGGUGCGCUAGCUCACCCGAUUCCGGAUCCAGACAGCAAGGCGUCUCCGGCAAUACAUCCCUCUGUCUCUUCAAGUUCUAUGCACACUCAGAAUUCAAAUAUUCAAAGCCCAGACUCCCUGUCAUCUCGUGGCCGUCCUCCUGAUGGUGCUCAGGAUCUGAAAGACCAGGCGCUUUCUUCUAACCCUACUCAACAAAAUUCUAGUCAAUCCUCAGAUGUUCGAAGCACACUUCAGGGCUCACCAGGCCCCGAUACUCAGUCAUCUGCUGUAGGUAGUGCCGGUCCAGGUGGCGAUGAAGCCAAUGGAGGGGGUGGAGUCUCGGCAGAUGGUACGGAUGGCGAUCCCCAGGUCGGCUCUCAUUCUGGUCAAUCACUUAAAGCCUCUCAACUUUCUGUGCAACAUCAGACUCCAGGCCAUUCAGCCCCAGGUUCUCCAUCAUCUGGUAUCCCUGGUUUACCGGGCAGUGUUACUACAGCUCCACAGCCUGUUGAUCCUCCAGCCCCUACGCUUACUCAGGCUCCAAGUGUUCCAGGUCCAGGCUCUGGGUCACCUGGUGUCCACGGGACUGGGCAACAAGGUGGUCAUGUUGUUAGUCAACAAGGUAAUCAAGUUGUUAGUCAACCAACAAGUCAAGGCGUCGAUCAAACUCCAAGUAGCGUCGGUCCUACGUCGGCUGGCCCGGCGUCUGGUGGAGGUGGAGGACCGGCGUCCGCUAAGCCUAGCGUUCCAGCUACGCCGCUUCAACCAACAAAACCACCACCCCCUCCUCCACCGUGUUCAAGCGGCAUGGCACAUGCGAAAUUUGGCGGAAGAAAAUUAUGUUUUCCGAAUCCUAAGGUGCGUAAGCCGACUUCCACUUUCGCCCUGUCUGAACAAGACCUUAAUACAGUGUGGACUCGUGUACAGGAGGAAAAAUCAUAUAACACAGAUCAUACACAAAAAGACACUCAAGGUCCACAAACUCGACAAGCCUCCAGUAUUUCGAAUCAGCAUCUCCAUCCUUCCAUUCAUUCCUCUCAACCUCCCUCACACCAUCCUGGUGUUUCACUUCCGGCCGCUCCUGGACCGAGGGGAAGUCAGCCUGAUAACUAUCGGGAUAUUGACAACUCUGGACCAGUAAAUCCAGCUGCGGUGCGUUUAGCUCGUUGGCUUCAGGAUUCCACUCUUGUCAGUGGCCACCCUGUUGUGGAUAAAACCGACGAUCCGAAUGAAGAAUAUGUGAGAGUACAGCGCAAAAAGAAUGCGGAACAAAAAUUGGCUGAUGUGCAGAAAAAAAUUUAUGAACAACAAAAUCGUAGGAACUUGUUCACUGGAAAGGCCAUAUCAAACGCUAAAGGCAUAGCGGAUUCUGCGGUUCCACAAGGCUCCGCCGGUAUUGGAGUUCCUAUGGGUUACCCUAUAAAGCCGCCGAAAUUGCCGACCCCUCAAUUAAAAUCCACGCCGCAAGUGACAGCUAUGCUGGAAGUCACAGGCGGGCCCGUUUCUGAUCCACAUCACGAUCAAGAGGAAUUCCGGAAGUCACGGCUUACAAAUGCUAACCUUGAGCUUAAAAAUAAGUAUACCCGCAAAGCGCAAAUGCUAACCGAUGAGAGAUAUAGGCACGCAAAGGUUCUGCAACAGAAGGACAAGGAAGCCGCAGAAGCAGGGAGGCAACAAAAGCUGUUGGAAGAGAUGACUGAGGAGCUUAUAGUUCCCAAACCAAAGAGCGACGGUUAUAAUCACGACUUUAUCGUAAGCAAUGCACUGGGUGCGAAUUACACCGUGCCGCCAAUUAUUGAUAAGGACCCGCUAAAGAAGUUUACGCAAGGCGGAUACGAUAAUUCUCCGCCGACAGCAAUCCCACCGGAGGAGUACUCCAAAGUCAGGAUGGCAUUGGAAGCCGAAAACAAACAUACCGUCUACGGGGACGUUCACAUAUCCGUUCAGAAGCCGUCGUUUACUGAGUCACAUGAUGAUUCCGACCAAUUUGAUCUCCACAUUGAUGUCCGCAAGCCCAUUGUUCAAGACCCUGUCGACAACACGUAUGAUGACCCUUACGCCAAUGACGACGACGUCCUGCGGGACGAGUUUAAAAAUGCGGAGUCCUGGCAUGGUGAAGACAAAGGCUUUUCUGUCCUGCCCAAGAGUAAUUUUAACCUUGAAUUUACUCCAUCCUUUUUACAAUCCGAUGGGGAUCAUGAUCCUGGUAUUCCCCGGGAUACUCCAAGGAAGCCAUAUGACCAGAUCAUUCCGGUGUUCCCUGACUCUGGAGUAUGCCAAAACCCCUGGUACGUCCCCGAUGCCUCCUCCACUACCGUCACUCCACCCCUCUCCCCGCCCCCAGACACGGACCAACUGCCGCCUCCCAAGACCGUCAGGGAUAUGCUCCACUGGAUGGUUGGAUUGAAUCAAUAUGGGUAUGUUGCGAUUAUUAAAAAGCAUAUUGAAGACCUUUUGAAGGAGUAUAACAAAGAUGCCUCCCAGCCUCCAGAUGCCCUCGAGGUCACCAGGGAUCCUUACAACCUGGACGCUUCCAUCGUCUCCAACACUCUGACAGAGGCGUGUCACUACGCGGCCAGCGUUCUCCACAGGCUCAAGCACAAAGACAUUUCGACAGCCGAUACAAUGCCUGACUUCAGCUCAGAAUAUUCCAAGUUGCGUUAUACCUCCAACCCCGCCUGCCUCCUCUGCCAGCUGCGGGACUACGCCUACGCCUGCUGUCACCAGUUGACGUUCCUAAAGUCGCAGUGUUCUAGAGAGCAGUCACAAGGUGGUUGGCAGAAUUGUGAGUAUGGCCAUGAUGUCCCCUCCAACUCCCCCCUCCAGGACUUCCUGACUGACGCCUCGGACUCCAAGUUCGAGACGCAUCCCUUCGACCCGUGUGACAUCUGUCUCAAGAGCCGUGUCAACAUGGGAUUCACAAAAGAGGAUUUGCCUGCAUCUCAGCAAACUGGCAAACAUAUUCUCACCAUCCUCACUCCCAGCUGCGGCGGCGAGGAUCCCCUGCUGACGCUGUGCUCUUACCUCAACUGCAUCACCAGACGGACGCCGCGCACCGCCGGGGAGAUUGUCUCCUUCUUCCACAAUUUCGGGAAUUCGCUUCAUGAUGUGUCUUCACAGCUGUCUCAACUGGGAUCCGCCCUCUCCACUCGACAUGACGACUGCCCCGGCUGGGACAGUCUCAAGGACGCCGACCUCCAAGCCGUCCAGGGCAUCCGGGGCUCCGCCACUCCCACCGCCAACCACAACCACGACCAUCUCAAGACUCUGUCCACGCUGCUUGGCUGCGGCAUCAAUAGUGUCAACUGCCCUCCACGUCUCUCGCCCAUCACCUACCGGGCCUACGCCCUGUACUCUUCCAGCUUCGCCCAUCGCUACCUUAGCUGGACGGUAUACUUGGCCGACAGGCUGUAUGAGUCACUGGUCAAGCUUCACUGUGAUCUCAAGGACCUUCAGUGCCACGACUCCAAGUCCAAGCCCCUCCACCAGUGUGCCAAUGCUCUGCCCCUCCUCUACUCUCACGGGUUCACGCCACCGGAGGGUAUGCCAUCAUCACAACUCAAGUGUUCGGAUGUCAUCACCAAGCUGGAGGAAGUGCUAUCUGGCAAGCCUAUCGCAGACCUCAUGACCGCCAUGGACAAUUUCCUCUACAAUAUCAGGAUGCCCUUCCUCUACACUGUGUUCACGCUCUGGCUCACCGCCACGCUCUACAUCGCCCACUCACUCCUCUACCGCAUGGACGUCCUCCGCAUCCGCUCCCACCUCCUCACCACCAGGGCCUCCCACCUCAUCGACGUCAAGGCUUUGCUCGCCGGAAGCCGCAGGAUGCUCUCACUCUACAAGGACGUCGAUUACUUCGACGACGACUUUCACUCUGUCUUUGUGCUGAGUACCGUUGUAACCAAGAUGACGAAGCACGGAGUUCCGCUUGGCACGCUUAAGGAGUGUCUCCACUUCCUGGAGUGGUUGCAUAGUGGGCAAGGGAGUAGUAUGCGUGUUGAAGUUUCGCGUCAGCUAUUUAGCCGUAUUUAUACAUAUUAUAAUAAUCCUGGGUUUGAGAGACUAUUGGGAAGUUCCUUAGAUGAUUUUCUGCGCCAUGCGUCAGAGCUUUAUAAACAAAUAAGCACAUCCGCAAAAGUGGGCGAUUAUAAAGACAAAAAACCUGAUGACGUUGUCAAAGCAUUUUCCGAGUGCCUCUCUAAGGUGCACUCUGCGUUUUCCCUGUUACUCUUUCACGUUGAUUAUUCAUAUACUCAUGUGGGCGGUGGGAAGUGGAAGGAUAUGGAAACGCAGAACGAUGACUUUGCGGGUAUUGCGCUCAAAGGCUAUCUCACUGCAACCAACACUUUGACGACCGGUGGAAUCAUCCCCGGUGGCUUCAGCUCUGAUGAGCUACAAAAUGUGCAAGGAAUAACACUGGCCGAAAAUCUAAACGCUGCGCUUCAAAGAAACAUAUCCACACCAGACCUUUUCACAAGCGUCCUUUUCGACAAUUUAGUUAAGAACGAUUGGCAUAACCUGGAUGCCGGGAACGUCUUGCUGUUGCUGUGGGCCUUUUGUGAUUAUGUGAAGACGCAUGAAGGGGGCGGUGACCUCAAAGACAAAUUGGAAACGGAGCUUAAAAGUCAAAAUAGAUGUAUUGAGUGGAAAACAUUAGUGGAGCAUUGCAGAAAGCUUAAAGGUGAAUUAUCUAAAUUGUUCGGCAGUGAUGAAAAUCAGGGAGCCUUCUCCACCACCGGCAGGGCGUUUACCACUACUGCCCUUAAGCCCGAAGCCUUUGCCGGAGCAUUCGAGAAAUGGUUUACAAACCAUUGGAAGGAGAUGACGGGGGCGUUGGAAGAUAUUAAGGGGAGCGUAGAGGAUUUUGCUGAAAAUCAUGCUGAGUUCACCCCCGAAUCUCUCUACCCCUACGGCAUCGUGUUGAAUAAGGACCAACGGGACAAGUGGCCAGAGGGAUUGAAAAAUCUGCACGGUGUUUUGGAUGUGCUUGGUGAUUCAAAUAACGGUGAGUUGAAGGAUCUUAAAGAAAUUUUGGAAGGUACGCAGUGUCCACCGGAGCCUCCCCAGGAGGUUGUGCCGGAGAAGAAAGUUCCGGUUGUGCCGCCUAAAAAGCCUGUGCCCGAAGAAACACCUCCGUAUGUAGCCACUAAAACUGAGGCCACAAAGCCUGUGGUCACCAAAGCCGAGGCGGCGAAGCCGACUACCGCUGGUAAUGAGGGAUCUCCAAACCAGAAUAAUGGUCAAGCGGAAGGAGCACAGAACCAGGGCAAGAAAUCUGAGGGAGCACAGAACCAGGGCAAGAAAAGUGAGGGAGCGCAGAACCAAGGCAAGAAAGCGGAGGGAACUCCAAAUCAAAGCAAAGGUCAAAUUGACAUAAGUUCUUCAGGUUCACAAGAUAUAAAGUCUCUUGCUCCAGGUCCGUCUCCCGGUGGUCCAGGAGGUACAGGACAGCCAGGGUCUAAAGGUAAUAAGGGUGAUGCAGGCCCGCCAGGGUCUACUGGUCCAGUGACUCCGGCGUCUUCUCAGGUUCCAGCUCCGCCAGUUCAGAAUGCUGAUCAGACUCAACAACCUUCCCAACCGCCGCCAGCUCCCCCCCCUCCACCGCCUCCUCCCCCUCUUCCUGGAGGCGGUGUCAUCCCUCCUAAUUCAGUUCCCCCGGAUCAGGAUUCACCGGACAGUGUUUCUUCAGGCCAAAAGCCUACUGCCACUCCAGUCACAGUGUCUCCUCAGACUCCGGGUGUUUCACAUGCACAACCUGUGCCGACUGGUGAUAAGGGGGCUGGUCCACCAGGUGGUGGAGGGGACAAGCAAGGCGGUGGUCAAGGCGCCAAGCAAAAUGUAAACAGCAUCACUACUGCGCCGGCUGCCCCGGCGCCUGGUGGAGGACCAAGCAGCGGUGGGAAGCCUGUACAAACUGAUGAAAACUGCCCUCGGUCGAAGGGAUAUAAGCAAAUUGAGCUUUGGCCUGGUAGAGGCAACUACUGUGUUAAGGAUUUUGAUUAUAAACAACAAGAAGCAGUUCAUAAGCAGUUUGAUGAACAAAUAAAAAAGGCGCAAAGCGAUAUCCAGGAACGCAAACGGCAGAGGGAAGAGAAACUCAGGCAGCAGAGGGAGGUAGAGGAGCGGAAAAGGGAAGCAAAGGAGGAACGCCGAAAGGAAGAUGAGCGUCGGAGGCAAGAGGAAGUGGAGGAAUCUAAACGUAAAUUAUUGCAGGGAAUGGAAAUGCGGACAAAAAUUCUCAACAAGCAUCCUGGCAGGCCAAUGUACCCUGGCGCUGAUCGAGUGGAGGAUGAAUUUAGAGAGAUACAUUUGAAAAGUCACCCAGGAACCAAGCUUACGACUGAUCAUCCAGGUACGAACGCUGUUAUUGUUGAGGAGGCGUCAGCAUCUGGCGCCAAAGGGAUUCCGAAAUCUACGUUGUCACACAAAUUCCCACCUAGUGACAUUCUUUUGGGCUAUCCGAUUAAGCCGCCGAAAUUGCCAAUGAAAUAUCCACCGGUGUCGCCGCAUGCUGUGCCGGCUUUCGCUGAUGUCCUCGAAGGCAUCGAUUUAACUAAAAAGAAACGCACGACCGAACGUCCAUCCGUGAUCACGUACAAUGAUAAUGCACCGAUGACGGCGCAAAUGGAUGUUGUCCCGAUAAACUACCCAUCGAACGUUACCGGUGGGAUAAUAAAAACCGAACCCGAUAAAAUCCAGUCGGCUGAACUUCCAAGUGAUGUGAACUUUGACAUAUCCCUAUCGCAACUCACAGGUAAAGAAAUCCCCAACCCCAAGAAGAACCGUCACAUGUCACCUCCCCCAGCCUCCAAAUUGCCUAAGACGUCGCUGGUCGGUGACGCCAAAAUUCCAAGCGUCAAAAUACCAGCAGAUCACCGCGUCAUUGAUGCCUCAAUGCUUGAGUUUACGGAUAACAUAAUCCCCGGUCUCAACCGGGGGCCCCCACUGCCACCGAUUCCAAUUAUAAAGCCUGCUGAACAGCAUGGCAACACUCUGACCAAGGCCCUUGAAACUGUUACGCUUGAUGACCAGACCAUGAUGAAAUUUUUAGAAGUCUCCGACACAAACCUCACGAAGUUCACUGGAAACGACAUCCCAGUCCCCGAACCGCAGAAGAUGGACAUUCCAGUACCGCCAUCUCUCGCUGAAGGAUCUGUAAUCCCAGAUCCUAAUCUGCUAAAAUCUGGUUCCUCUAUUCCUAGUGCCACGUUGGACACUCCACUGCCGCCCGUGCACAUCGAAGUCAACAAACUCACCACGCCCGAAGGUGUUCUGAAAUCUGACAUAACUCAGGCCCCUUCACUGCCUACAGUUCAUUUCAUCGAUGCUGCCCUUCCAAAUAAUGCGUACCAGGAAAUGGAUUCCAGUGAUCCCUCAGUCUGGGGAAAUUUCAAGAACUAUGGUUUUGAUAUCUUUCCUGAGACCGGCGUGUGUCGCAACCCCUGGUACGUCGCCGAUGCCUCCACCACUACCAUAACUCCAACCCCCUCCCCUCCCCCAAACACCGACCAACUGCCCCCUCCCAACACCGUCAGAGAAAUGCUCCACUGGCUGGUCGGCCUGAACCAAAAGGGGUAUGUUGACAUUAUUAAGGAGCAUCUGAAAGACCUUUUGAAGGACACUAACAAAGAUCUCUCGCAGUCUCCAGAUGCCAUAGAGGUCACCGGGCUGCUACCUCAACUGACCGCUUCCCAUGUCUCCAACACUCUGACACAGGCAUGCCUCUACUCUGCCACCGUUCUCCACAAGAUGAAGUAUAAGAACUCCAAGGAUGCUCCAACAACUCUAAACUUCAAAUCAGUAUAUUGUCAUCUUCGUUAUUCCACCGACCCCGCCUGCCUCCUCUGCCAGCUGCGGGACUACGCCUACGCCUGCUAUCACCAGCUGGCGUUCCUAAAGUCGCAGUGUUCUCGGACCACCAAGGACGGUGGUUGGCAGGAUUGUAAGUACGGCAGUGACAUCAAGAUGCCGUCCCCCCUCCAGGCCUUUCUGACUGACAGGUGGGACUGCGGCUUCGACACUUACCCCUUCGACCCGUGUGACAUCUGCCUCAAGAGCCGCGUCAAUAUGGGAUUCACAAAGGAUGAUCUGCCUGAAACUCACGAAACUGGCAAGCAUAUUUCCACCAUCCUCUCUCCCACCUGCGGCGGUGAUGACCCCUUGCUUACAUUGUCCUCCCACCUCAACUGCCUCACCAGGCGGACGCCGCGCACCACCGGGGAGCUUGUCUCGUUCUUCCACAAUUUCGGGAAUUCACUCUACAAGCCUCCUUCAACGUUGUCCACGCUAGGAUCCGCCCUCUCCACUCGACAUGACGACUGCCCCGGCUGGGACAGUCUCAAGGACGCCGACCUCCAAGCCGUCCAGGGCAUCCGGGGCUCCGCCACUCCCACCGCCAACCACGACCACGGCCAUCCCAACACCCUGUCCACGCUGCUUGGCUGCGGCAUCAAAAGUGCCAACUGCCCACAUCUGCUGCCAAUAACCCACCGGGCCUACGCCCUGUACUCUUCCAGCUUCGUCCACGACUACCUCAGCUGGACGGUGUAUCUACCAGACAGACUGUGGGACUCGCUGCUCAAGCUGCACUGUGAUUUCGAGAAGCUCCAAUGUCACGACUCCAGGGCCAAGCCCCUCCACCAGUGUGCCGAAGCUCUGCCCCUCCUCUACCGUCACGGCAUCACGCCUCCGGACGGGGCACUGCAGCCUUCACUCACGUGUGCACAGGUCAUCGCCAAGCUGAGGGAAGUGGUCGCCGGAGAGCCUAUCGCAAGCCUCAUGACCGCCAUGGACACAUUCCUCUACCGCAUCCGUGCCCCCUUCCUCUACACUGUGUUCACACUCUGGCUCAUCGCCGCGCUCUACAUCCUCCACUCGCUACUCUACCGCAUGGACGUGCUCCGCAUCCGCUCCCACCUCCUCACCACCAGGGCCUCACACCUCAUCGACGUCAAGGCGCUCCUCGCCGCCGCACGCGUCAAGGCACUCGCCAACGUCAAGUACUUCUCACCAUAA